UGGACAAAAUGGCAGACAAAGACACUGUAGAGAAGUUCCUCGACAACAAUCCACAGUUUGCAAAGGAGUACUACGAAAAGAAAGUCAAGGCAGAUGUGAUUACUGCUGCAUUCAACAACCAGGUCCAGCUCAAGGACCCAGCCUCUUACAAAGAUGUCUCCACCAUCCAGGAGGCUGAGUUCAUAUUCGAGCUGAUAAAGGAGAUGCAGGGCGACAAUCCGAUGGAGAAAGCCCUGCAUAAAAUUCUCCAGAGGAUCGCUCUGCUGAUCCAGGCUGAUCGCUGCAGCUUCUUCGGCAGCAGGUCUCGUAACGGAACGCCUGAGCUGUCCACAAUCCUCUUUGAUGUGACCCACAAUUCUCCAUUUGAGAAAAAUUUUGUGAACCCCAACGUAGAGAUUGUUUUCCCCACCGACAUGGGAAUUGUUGGAUGGACGGCACACUCCAAGAAGCCCCAGAAUGUUGCUGAUGUGAAGAAGGACUCUCAUUUCAGUGACUUUGUGGAUAAUCAAACCAAAUACACCACAAAAUGCAUGGUUACUGCCCCCAUCAUCAGUGGAAAGGAGCCCAUCGGUGUCAUCAUGGCGCUCAACAAACAGGGUGCCACUGAGUUCUCAAAGAGUGAUCAGGAGCUCUUCAACAAAUAUGUGAACUUUGCUAGCGUGGUUAUUCUCCAAGCACACACUGCUUACAUGUGGGAUGUGGAGUCCAGGAGAAGCCAGGUGCUGCUGUGGUCAGCAAGCAAAGUUUUUGAGGAGUUGACAGAUAUUGAGAGGCAGUUUCACAAAGCCCUGUACACAGUGAGGACAUAUAUCAAGUGUGAGAGAUACUCUGUGGGACUCCUGGACAUGACCAAAGACAAGGAAUUCUUCGAUGAGUGGGCAAUAAAACUAGGAGAACAGGAGCCAUACAAGGGCCCCAAGACACCUGAUGGCAGGGAAAUCAACUUCUACAAGAUUAUUGACUACUUGCUGGAAGACAAAGAGGAGAUUAAAGUUAUCCCCGGCCCUCCUGCAGACCACUGGGCUCUGGUCAGCGGACUCCCAUCAUAUGUGGCUGAGAAUGGAUUUAUCUGCAACAUGAUGAACGCUGCAGCAGAUGACUACUUUGGAUUCCAGAAAGAAGCAGUGGAUGAGUCCGGAUGGAUAAUUAAGAACGUCCUCUCCCUACCUAUCGUCAACAAAAAGGAAGAAAUUGUUGGCGUUGCCACGUUCUUCAACAGAAAAGAUGGCAAACCAUUUGAUGACAAUGACGAACAAAUUACAGAAGCUCUGACCCAGUUCCUUGGCUGGUCCACUCUGAACAGCGACACGUACGACAAACUGAACAGGACAGAGUGGAGGAAAGAUGUUGCCCAGGAAAUGCUCAUGUACCAGACAAGGGCAAAACCAGAUGAUGUGCAGACCAUUCUGAACACUCAAGAGAAGUUCGGCUCUACACCAGAGGACUGUGACCAGAAGGCGAUGUACAAGCUGUUGAGGUCCAACAUCCCCGAAGCCCAGACCGUGGAGCUGCUCGAGUUCCGCUUCAGUGACUUCCCCCUGUCAGAGUUUGAACUCAUCAAGUGUGGUAUCCGCUGCUUCUUUGAGCUGGGGGUGGUGGAGAAGUUCAAAGUCCCAGCUGAGACCCUGACACGCUGGAUGUACACCGUUCGCAGAGGGUACCGCGACAUCACCUACCACAACUGGAGGCACGGCUUCAAUGUGGGACAAACCAUGUUCACUCUGCUGCUAACAGGUAAACUGAAGAAGUAUUACUCUGAUCUCGAGGCCUUUGCCAUGGUUGCUGCUGGAUUCUGUCACGAUAUUGACCACAGAGGAACCAACAAUCUCUACCAGACAAAGAGUGCGUCCCCACUGGCAAAACUGCACAGCACCUCAGUUAUGGAGCGACAUCAUCUUGAGUAUAGUAAGACUCUGAUGGAGGAUGAGAACCUGAACAUCUUCCAAAACCUUCAGAAGCGUCAGUUUGAAACGGUGCAGCAUCUGUUUGAAGUUUGCAUUAUUGCCACUGAUCUCGCACUCUAUUUCAAGAAGAGAACAAUGUUUCAAAAGAUUGUGGAGUUAGUGGAGGUGAUUCCAGAAGAAAAGGAGAAGAUCAACUACAUCUCCAACAACCCAACCAGAAAGGAGAUUAUCAUGGCAAUGAUGAUGACAGCUUGUGACCUGUCUGCCAUCACGAAGCCAUGGGAGGUUCAGAGCAAGGUCGCCCUGAUGGUGGCAGCUGAAUUUUGGGAGCAGGGAGACCUCGAAAGGACAGUUCUUGAUCAGCAGCCAAUUCCCAUGAUGGACAGAAAUCAUGCCGAUGAGCUUCCCAAGAUGCAGUGCGGUUUCAUUGAUUUUGUCUGCUCUUUUGUGUACAAGGAGUUUUCUCGCUUCCACAUAGAGAUUACACCCAUGUUUGACGGACUGAAUAUCAACAGGGGAGAGUGGAAAGCUCUUGCAGAUGUCCACGCGGCCAAGAUGCAGGCCAUCGAAGACGAGAAGAAAAAGCUGGAAGGUGGAGGAGACGGAGCUCAAGAGGGCGGGAAGUCAAAGACGUGUGCCAUCUGCUAGACAUCCAAGACCUCCCAAUUAGUUAUGGAUGGUUGCCUGCGUGUGUAUUUGUACAGUGUGUGUGUAUGUGCAUGAGCAUGUGUUCACAGAUGAGGAAAUUAUAAUGUGCAAAAAUCCCACAAGUAUUAUUUUUAUAUACUCUAACAUGUAGUUCUAUCCUCUGACACAGAUAACUAUUUUAAUUGGCACAAUGAAGUACAUACAAUUUGUAUGUAAACAGUAGUUAUUUACCUCUUGUAUAUACUAAAAGUCUCCUCUGAGCUGGACCUUCAGUUGUUAAGAAGAGUGCAUAUCUGUAUUUUAUUAUGAAUAUUUAUACUGACUAUAAUAUAUAAGGAUAUCUAGCUGACUUUCUCUGUCUUUGGACAGUCUGUGAAUAGAAAGAAUAGGCUGCAAAUAUUAUGCAGUUUGAACUAUUAUAUCUGAAUAUUUUCAGUAUAUAAACGCUACAAUAAAUGUAUAUGAACAAAUGUAAAUUUUGUAGAGAAAAAGCUCCAUAAACCAAAUGAUUAGUUGCUUUUUUUUUCUAAUUGCAAGUAGUGCUUUCAGAAUUUCCAGCAUAUGUCCCUGGCAAAUGGGUGGGAGAUGUAAGAAGAUUUGACUGAAUUGGAUUUUGUUAUAAGCCAGCUGGAGCCCAUAGGCUUUCCUUUUCAAAUCCCGUGCUUACAUAAAGUAAAAAUACUGCCACCCUGCUCAUAAGUCAGCGUGUCCAGAGAACAUGUGGCCCUGACAGUACGGGAAACACUGAGCAGUCACAAGUCAACAUGUACAGGAGCAAUGGCUUUGUUUGAUUGUGAACCAACAUAUUUAUUAUGUGAUUAUGUUGCGAUUUCUUAAAAUGAUAAGUUGUACUUUUCCUCCUGUCUGACAGAUUUCUCUGCACAGAGCUUGCGAUGAUAUGAUGAUGUCAGAUCCUAUUGUAUUGGGUUUUUUUUCUGAUGCAAAACUUUGCUUUUUAAUGUAAGACAUUUAAUUAACAUUAAAUCCCAGCAAACGCAUCCUUUGUAAAGAAAUCUGACUCUGUAAUGCCAGUA